AUGCCGGCACCUGCCGGGACCGCACCUACGCGCCCUGGUCCAGGUUUGCCAGGGUACGGCGGGGCUCAAAACCGGUUUUAUGGUUGGGUGCUCGCGUUGCUGGAUCGAUACCGAACGAGUUUCAGACCUCGGUACACAGUCGCGUUUAAGACAGUAACAGAGCUGGAAUGGAGAUGUUGUCCGGGAUACAAAGGGGAAGACUGCAGAGAAGGCCCAGCAGAAAAGCCAAACACUGCUCGUCGUCCUACAACACCAGCGAAAGCUGUUGUGAAGAAAGGCUUGGAUGCAGAACCAACAGAAGCUCCAGAACCUCCACCAUAUGAGAAGAAAAUGCAGUUUCUUGAGGAUGAAUUGUUUAGACUUACACGAUCAGUGCUUGAACUUCAGUCCUCCGUGGCAGGUGUGAAUGAAAACCUCAAGUUGACUGUCCAAGAAGAUGCUAGUAAGAUGUUGGUCACUUGGCUGAACAACCUUUAUGACCGCCCAGAGCCUGAUAGUGUGGUUGGUGGUGAAACAGACACUAUUCAUCUUCCUGGACUCCUCAGCAAUAAAGAUCAGAAAGACCCUUUUAUUGAUUUUGAGAUGGAAGAUUUAAAGUCUGAGCUAGCUGAGGUCAAAGAAGCCUUGAAGAUGAGGAAUGACCAGCUGGAGGAACUGAAUGGAAAAGUAAAAGGCUAUGAAGGACAACUGAAAGAACUGCAAGAGGCAGCACAAGGACCUACAAUAACAAUGCCCAGCGACAAUAUAUAUCAGGAAUAUAUAGAUUCCAAAUUUGAGUCCCUCAGACAGGAAAUACUGGAAGGGUUUGAAAAGAAAAUGGCAGAUCUGAAGAACUCCUGUGAAUACAAACUACAGGAUAUCCAGCAGCAGUGUGAUGACAAUGAAAAUAACUGUUUAGGAAUAAUUGAUGUUAUAAGAGGAAAAGAGAAUGACUUGAGGAAAGAAAUAAAUACUCUCCGAAAUCAAAUUCCAUCAAACAAGUCCAUUUGUUGCAAGGAGGGUGAGAGAAACGACUUUGACCAACAGAUAAAGGAUUUAGAUAAGAAGAUUGACAGAGUUGUGGAAGCACACAGGAUCUUGAACGUCAGAAUAGAUAAUGAAAUCAGUCGAUUGUCAACUCCAGAUCUAGAAGACAUGUUUGGUGAGAGACUGGAGGAGCUAGAUGCACGGAUGAAUGUUACAGAACGAAAUGCUGAAGAACAUUGCUUUUAUGUUGAGGAAACUCUCCGUGGUGCUAUAGCUGCUGAGGUAGAUGAAUUGAGAGACUUGUUUGACCAAAAGCUAAGGGCACUAGAAGAUAGGCUAGGUGGCACUAUUUUAGAGAUUGCUAAUACCACAGACCCAGAUGGAAUGUAUAUUAAUCCUGGGCCCAUCUUGCCCGGUGAUGCAGGAUUUGCAAAUGAGCAAUUUACAACAGAGAUGUAUUUCCUGAAGAACAAACUACAGUCGCUUGAACAGCUCUGUGGGCAGAAAUGUCAGUCUGCACCACAAGGUAUGGAGGACCUUCAGAAAGAGCUAGAAAAUUAUAACAACAAAUACAAUCACUUGCUUUUGAAAACAGAGAACAACUCGGUUCUCCUAAUGUCUUUAAAUAGCUCUCUUAACGAGAAACUUGACUUAAUAAAGGGUAACCAACGUGACAUCCAGAAAAUGCAGAGAGACGCGCGUGUAUUCCGAUACAGUCUAAAUGUCAUGGAUAAAGAUAUGAAGAAUCUUCAAGAUGGCUUGAGUAGCUGCAAGGAACAGCUUCUGGGUGUCAAUUCUACCUGUAGAAAAACACAACGAGGUGUCUUCCGAAAAAUUGAUCAAAUGCAGAGGACGUUUGCAAAUCAAACUGCUCAUCCUGGUGAUAAUUGCUGUGGUGAAGUGAAAGAGAGACUAGAACAAUUGAAUGACCGUGUCCUGAACGAUCUGGGCAAGUGCAAAGAGAAGUCCCAAGGUAUCCAAGAAGGCGUUUCAGAUGUUGAGAGCAGAGUCUCGCGUGUUGAAAAAGUUUGUGGCAAGUUGGACUCUGUCUCAGGUAGCUUGCAGAAGAUAAAAGAAGGUCUGAAUAAGCAUGUGAGCAGUUUAUGGAACUGUGUCCGUGAAAUGAAUGGAACUAUAGCAUCUCAUUCCACUGAUAUUUCUGGCCUCAAAAAUUCUGUCCAACAGUUCUAUAGCCAGGUCUCCAAAAUCACCACGGACAUUGAAGGCAUGUUGAAAUCUCAGUCUGGCACAACAGCCCGACUAGGUUUUGAUGGCUGGAGCUGCAGAAAGAUUUUGGCAAAAGAGCCUGUUUUGGAAAUAGUUCGGGAACCCUGUAAUGUGGAUUGGGUGGUGCGAGACCGUGACUUGAGACAGCCUCCCAGUACUCUGGAAGGCUUAUGUGGACUUACGAGAGUGAAAACAAGAAACGAUAUUCGCAAGGGUAAAGUGCAGGUGUUGAGUUGUCACGACACGGCACGUGGGUUGCCAGUGACACCAUCUGGACCCCGGCCCUGCGUCACAGGCCUGCGUGACUUGGUUGUAACCUCUUGCCCAAAGGCUCAGCGACAAUCGGAAGUACCAUGGCAGCCGUUGCCACCAAGACCACCUCUGCAGCCCCAACCUGGCAUUCCCCUGCAGCCCCAACCUGGCAUUCCGCUGCUGCCAUCAAGGCCAAGGAUACAACCCCCGCGACAGAGGACCCCCCUCCAGCCACUGCAGCCGAGACCUCUUCCACGCCCGGCACUGCCAGGGUCAGGAGUUGUGCCGUUUCUGCCUGGAACAACUGGGAUCAUCCUGGAGACUGGAGAGGCAGGGCCUCCUGGCACUGUUUUAAUGUCAGGAAGAGGGCGGCUUAGGAGUGUGGAUGGUCAGGCUGGUCAAAGUACCAUGCCCAUUGCUGAAGGGUAUGCUGGAGCACCAGGAUAUCCAAAGUUAUCUCCUCCUACCAUGGACUCACAAGGACCCGCUGCUGCUGCGGCCUCUCUGGUGUCGUUUUCUGCUGGGCUCACGCAGAAGCCUUUCUCUAGCGAUGUCGGCGUGGUUCACUUCAACAAAGUGCUUGUGAACGACGGGGACUAUUAUAACCCCAGUACAGGCAUUUUCACAUCACCGUAUGAAGGACGCUACCUAAUCACAGCUGUGCUGGCCCCAGAGAGGGAUGAGUACGUAGAAGCGGUGCUGUCCGUCUCCAAUGCAAGCGUGGCUCAGCUCCACACAGCUGGGUACAGGAGGGAACUGCUGGAGUACCACAAACCUUACUCGGGGAAACAGACCUGUGGUGGUCCUGGGACGUUCCACCUUGUUCUUCACCUCAAAGCAGGAGAUGAAGUAAACGUUGUUGUAACAGGAGGCAAACUGGCCUACACAGACUCUGAUGAAAUGUACUCCACGUUUAGUGGAGUUCUCCUUUAUCCUUCCAUUUCUCAUGUUUAGGUUUACCUUGAACAGGAGAGAAGGGUAAGAUAUUCAGAAGAAAUUAAGUGUAAUAAAAUUCAAAGCUUUAAUAUAUUCAGUUUA